AUGGCUGUUGUUAAGCCACCGGUACAACAAACUUACAAGCAGCAGCAGCCACUCGGCACAACAAACUAUAAGCAGCAGCAGCCACUGGUACAACAACAAACUAUACAGCAGCAGCCACCGGUACAACAAACCAUACAGCAGCAGCCACUGGUACAACAACCAGGCCAGCAGCCACCUGGCAUAACAAACCACCAGCAGCCACUGGCACAACAAACUAUACACCAGCAGCCACUGGCACACAACAAACUAUACACCAGCAGCCACCGGUACAACAAACUAUACAGCAGCAGCCACUCGGCAACAAACCAUACAGCAGCAGCCACUGCGCAAACCAUACAUCAGCAGCCACUGGCACAACAACCAUACAGCAGCAGCCACCGGUACAACAAACUAUACAUCAGCAGCCACCGGUACAAUAAACCAUAUGGCAGCAGCCACCGGUACAAACAAACCACAGCAGCAGCAGCCACUCGCACAACAAACCAUACAGUAGCAGCCACUCGGCAUAACAAACUGGCGCGAGCAGCAGCCACUGGUACAACAAACUAUACAGCAGCAGCCACUCGGUACAACAAACCAUACAGCAGCAGCCACUCGGUACAACAAACUAUACAGCAGCAGCCACUGGUACAACAACCAUACAGCAGCAGCCACUUGCACAACAAACUAUACAGCAGCAGCCACCUGGUACAACAAACUAUACAGCAGCAGCCACUGGUACAACAAACUAUACACCAGCAGCCACUGGUACAACAAACCACAGUAGCAGCCACUGGUACAACAACCAUAAGCAGCAGCAGCCACUCGGCAUAA